AUGGCACCUCCAGAGUCCCCUGAUACGACUCCAAAAGUCUGCUAUAAAUACAUAUGGGCCGAAUUCGUCGCCCAGUGGAAGCUCGAGAACGACCUUGAAGCAUCGAAGAACGGCUAUGCUGAUCUUGUAGACACUAAUGGUCUGAAGCCGGAAGCCGAGACCGUCUCCGGAUUGGCCGAGACCCUCAAACCGGUUACCGGUGGCGGCGUCAUCCCCCAGAAGCCGGGGCACUUCAACGUCGGUAUCGUUGGCGCCGGCACGGCUGGACUAUUCACAGCUUUGGCCAUUGACUGGAUCAACGACACCAUCGCAAAAGAGAAGGGACCUGAGCACCUUAAAAUCACCUACGAAAUCUUGGAGGCUUCAGAUGAAGAACGAUUCGGCGGCAGGCUCUAUACUCACCGCUUCAGCAAGGAUGGCGUGCACGAUUACUACGAUGUCGGAGCCAUGCGUUUCCCUAGGAACGCGGUCAUGGACAGAACCUUUAGCCUUUUCAAGAUGUUGGACAUUAAAGAGGGUAAAUUGGGCGAUCGCACGCAUGUCGACGAUCCUCCACGACUGAUCAAGUAUUACCUGAACGAUGACGAAAAUGUUUGUCCAACGCUCUUCAAUAACGUCCGAAAGGUCGGCAAUCCGUACCCGAAGGGUUCAACAGAGAAAGAUCCUUUUGCACUCAAUGUGGGCAUUGCGAAAAACAAGCAAAUUCCAGAGAAUCUUCUGCAAACUAGCCCAGGCGAGCUUUUCGAGGAAGCAAUCGGGAUUUUCAUUGUAUACAUCAAGAAGUAUCUCGAUGCCUACAUCGACAAGAAGACCCCAAUGCCUCGCGCAGCUGAGGAGAAGCUCUGGAAAAUCCUGAUGAAGUGUGAUAAGAUGAGUGUCCGACAGUUCUUACGCACGAAGGGGAAAGUUCCCGGCUUUCCCAAGGAACCCGACGUUCCCCACGGCCCAGGCUUGAGCUACAAUACCAUUCAAUGGUUGGAGACUGCCACUUACGGCACUGGCUGGUAUGAUCAAAGUCUGACCGAGGCCGUUCUGGAGAGUAUCGACUUUUACAUCACCAACGAUCCCGCCAAGGUUAACGAUAAUUGGUUUUGCAUCGACGGCGGCGCUCAGAAGAUUGCGGAAGAGAUGCGCAAGAAGAUAAAUAACCAAUCGGCCAUCAAAUUCAACACCCAGGUCGUGGGCAUGGAUGCUAACUUGCAACUGAACAAGCGAGUGACCAAGUCUAUGACUGUGAUGCUUCGCGACAGUAUCACUGGCGAAUCUUUGCCUUCAAAGGACUACUUCACGGUGUUCAGUUCGGCAACAUUGGGGUCGAUGAACCGAAUGGAUCUUUCCAAAGCUGGUCUGCUCUGGGAUACCAAGCAAGCCAUUCGCUGCUUGGGCUACGGAGCUUCUUGCAAGGUCGGCAUUAAGUUCAAGACGCCCUGGUGGCAGAAGGAGCCGUACAACAUUGACCAAGGUGGCCUUGCCCGUACGGACCUGGCUCCUCAGGUCUGCGUCUACCCUUCCUAUAACAUCAACAAGGAUGUCGAUCCAAGGGACGAGCCUGCAGUUCUUCUCGUCUCCUACACUUGGGGACAGACAGCCCAGCGCCUGGCUAGUCUUAUUGCGUCGAAGCCGCGCGGCAAGUCCAACGCGGACAUACUCAAGGAAGAGGCUGAGCUGAAACAAGUGAUGCUCCGAGACCUCGCUUUUCUCCACACUGAAGACCAUAACAACAAGGAGAAACUCGAUGACACUUUGAAGAUGCUCAAUGAGCAGUAUGUGGAACACCACGCUUACGACUGGUACCAUGAUCCCCACAUGGCUGGAGCAUUCGCCUACUUCGGCCCUAGCCAGUUCAGCGAGCUGUACCCGGCCAUCACCAAGCCUAACGCAGGUGGUCAACUGUACUUCGUCGGCGAAGCAGCCUCUGCACACCACGCCUGGGUUGUCGGGGCGCUCGAGAGUGUUGUGCGCGCACUCUACCUGAUGUUUGAUGCUCUACACCAGGGCAGUAGGAACGACCCCAAGAUGAAGGACACAUACGAGGCAUACAAAUGGGCCAUGGACCUUCUCGAGUUCGGUUACAUCAAGGACCACACAGCCAAGGGGGUGAAGUCUGCAACCACAACUGCCCGUCCCAGUCCCCUCCCAUUUUUCCCGCUGCCCGCAGAGAUGCCUCGGCGCCGCAGGAAUUUUGAUCACCUAAACCUCGAUGAGCCUGACGAUUCUAGCGACAAGGGCGACUUCAAGGCAACAAGUGCUAGGUCUGCGACGGCUUCCGAAAGGCCUCAUGACCUUUUGGUCACUGAGAGUGCUCGGUUCGACGCCUUUUCUCAACCUUCCGCUGGAAAGAGCGUAGAGACAGCCAGUUCUCCGACCAGAGGGGAAUUCUCAGAUCAUCCUGCCAUGAAGGGUACUGAAGAGGUGCCGCUCACGUAUGGCGCCGCUCUUGUUGCUCUUAGUACGGUCGAGUCGGUUAUAUCGACUUUGGCCGAACUAACGGAAGAGGAAUUGAAGGAUCAGUUACAGAAGAUAUCGAAUGAGACGGCAUCUGCGUAG